AUGAAGAUGAAAGGUAAGCGUAGGCAAAAUAAAUAUUCAUUUGAACUUACUGCUCGGUCAACCUACUUCGAAGAAGCUACUGGUAGAUUAGUUCUUGAUGAUAGUAUAAUAAACUCGGAGUUACUAUUAUUUCAUCUAAACACCAUAGCCAACGCCACAAACAAUUUCUCCAUUGAAAACAAGCUUGGAGAAGGAGGGUUUGGCCCCGUUUAUAAGGGGAUACUUUACGAUGGAAAAGAAAUAGCCGUAAAAAGACUAUCCAAGUUUUCUGGCCAAGGAGUUGAAGAGUUUAAGAAUGAAGUUCUUCUGAUUGCAAAACUCCAACAUAGAAACCUUGUUAAGAUUUUAGGUUGUUGUUUUGAAGAUGAAACAAGGAGAGCACUUUUAAGUUGGACAAGACGCUUCGAGAUUAUCUCGGGGAUUGCUAGAGGCUUAUUAUAUCUUCAUGAAGAUUCAAGACUAAAAAUUAUCCAUAGAGAUCUAAAGGCCAGUAAUGUUCUAUUGGAUAAUUCUUUGAACCCAAAGAUUGCAGAUUUUGGUAUGGCUAGAAUAUUUAGAGGGGAGCAAACUGAAGCAAAUACAAAACGUGUGGUUGGAACAUAUGGUUAUAUGUCACCGGAAUAUGCAAUGGAAGGACUGUUUUCAAUAAAGUCUGACGUGUAUAGUUUUGGUGUUUUAUUGCUAGAAAUCAUUACUGGCAAAAAGAAUGCUGGUUCCUAUGAGAAGUAUCCAUAUUCAAAUUUGAUUGGACAUGUUUGGAAGUUGUGGAAAGAAGGUAGAGCUGUGGAAAUCAUUGAUUCAUCUAUAGGUGAAUCUUACCUUGUUAGUGAAAUAAUAAGGUGCAUUCAAAUCGCACUCCUGUGUGUGCAAGAAUUUGCGACUGACCGGCCAACCAUGUCGGUAGUUGUUUCAAUGUUAAGUAAUGAUGCAGCUCUUCCUUCACCGAGAUGACCCGCAUUUUUACUGAAGACAAUGAGUCCUA